AUGUUGGCGGUCCAAAACGAAACACCCACUGACGCACCUACUCCAGAAGUCCCUGACAUCACAUUUACCAGCAAAGACUUUGACAAUAAGACUCCCAACCUUGACGACCCCGUAGUCAUCUCAGUAACAACAGGAGACCUCUUAGUUCGGAAAGUCUUGCUAGACCAAGGCAGCAGUGCCGAUGUCAUGUUUCUGUCGACCUUCAAGAAAAUGCAACUCAACAAGAAAAUUCUACAGCCGUCCUCCGGAGAGUUCGUCGGAUUCUCAAGGGAAAGAAUCCCUAUGACAGGUUAUGUAUGGGUGAGGACAACCCUAGGGGAACCCCCUAACUCAAAAACUUUAGACAUUCAAUACCUAAUUGUUGACUGUUUCAGCCCAUAUAAUAUUAUCUUGGGAAGACCCUCUUUAAACACUUUCGGAGCCAUAGUCUCCACAAUUCACUUGUGUGUUAAGUUUUGUUCAGAAAAAGGAACCAUAGCAACAGUUCACUCGGACAGGAAAGAGGCAAGGCAGUGCUACAACGCAGGGCUAAAAAUACAAUAG